ACGAGAGAAAACGAAGCUGGGCCAGUGGGAGGUGAUCGGGGGCCCUAUCAUGCGAACGAAGUGAGUAUCGGUAGACAACCUUGAGAAUGUGGCGACACCUGCAUCCCGGACGGCCCCGAGACUAUUCUAGGACCAUCCUUCAAGUCCUCGUACGUAUAGAAGGCUGGAUAAAUCAUGACUCCUCGGGCGUUUGCCCGAGUCGUUCGGAAGGCGCCAGGUUAAUCGGCGAUGUCGACGCUCUCAUGAUGCCCGAGACUGGGUUGGAUUGUCCUGUCAGUGGACACUGCCGGUUUGUGCGCUUUUACCAUAACAAUACCGGGUUCGUCAUAGCCACGGCAUUGUUCAGGGUUUCCCACACGUUGCGAGAGUCCGCAGCACCGCGGACGUGAGGCGAAUCCGUCGCCACAAUGGGAACAGAGCCUAAACCAAAGGAACGCGCGGACGAACCAGACGGCGAGCGGAGGAACGCGACUUGCACAAAGAGCAUCUCCGGCGGAGUCCACGUAGACGGAACGGAGAGAGAAGGGGACACAAUGGGAAGACGAGAAGACGAGAAGACC